AUAUGAACAUUUGCUGAGACAAAAGGGAGAAUCCGUGAAAUCAAAACAAAAAUUACAUUGUUUUCACCCUUUUUCACAGAAAAAUUAUAAGUUCUGCACGAAAAUCUGGCUUAUUUAUUACUACGCUUGAAAAAUGGGUCAAGUCAAGAGUCAAUUCACCGAGGAAGAGCUGCAAGACUAUGAAGAUCUGACCUAUUUCACCAAGAAAGAAAUUCUCUAUGCCCACAAGAAGUUCAAAAGCCUUGCCCCGGAAAAGGUUGGUCACAAUAAGAAUGCUCGACUGUCGAUGAACAAAAUCCUCCAGUAUCCGGAACUGCGGGUCAACCCAUUCGGGGAUCGCAUAUGUAAGGUUUUCAGCUCCCAAAAUGGGGAAAUUUCGUUCGAAGAUUUCCUGGACAUGAUGUCGGUGUUUUCCGAUGCAGCUCCGAAGUCUGUUAAGGCGGAACACGCUUUCCGCAUUUUUGAUUUCGAUGGGGACGAUAUGAUUGGGAAAAACGACUUGAAGCAGGUGAUUCAGCGGUUAACCGGUUAUAAUAACGCCCUAGGAGACAGUGACAUCGAUCAGUUAAUAACGAAUAUUUUGGAAGAGGCUGAUUUGGAUGACGAUGGCGCGCUAUCAUUCGCUGAGUUCGAACAUAUAAUCGAUAAGUCUUCCGAUUUCACCAACUCCUUCCGGAUUCGUCUGUAGACCAAAUAAUCCAUAAGCUCAAAAAAUUAUCUCAAAGAAACGACGUAAUCUCCUCAAAACGAAUCUAAACCACACAUAGCAGAAAUUUCUUUCUCGAUUAAUCGUUAUCUUGAUAUACAGUUGUGAUUUAUACUUUUAUUA